GCUGUUCUAAACAGCUGACACUGAGGGCCAGCAGCAAGGCUAUAAGAACAGGAGGCGCCGGGGCUGGGCAGACGGCAGAACCAGCCGGGCACAGAAGAGAUGGCUCGCUGCCCGAGUGCCACCUGGAACUGGAGGUCUCGGGGCGUGGUCUUCAUAGCCGCUCAGCUCCUCCGCCUCGGUGCCCUGCUCUCUGAACUAAUGAACCAGACAGAGGUGGCAGCGUGGACCUAUCAUAUCAGCAGCAAGGCCUACUCGUGGAAUGCCUCCCGGACGUUCUGCCAGAAGUACUACACCGAUCUCGUGGCCAUCCAGAAUAAAGAUGAAAUUGCUUACCUCAAUGACGUCAUUCCUUACUACAGCCAUUACUACUGGAUCGGGAUCCGGAAGAUCAAUAAUAAAUGGACCUGGGUGGGAACCAAUAAGACGCUCACCGAGGAGGCUGAGAACUGGGCCGACCACGAGCCCAACAACAAGAAGAACAACCAGGACUGCGUGGAGAUUUACAUCAAGAGCCCGUCGGCCCCUGGCAGGUGGAACGACGAGCCCUGCUGGAGGAAGAAGCGGCCACUGUGCUACACAGCCUCCUGCCAGGACACGUCCUGCAGCCAGCAGGGGGAGUGCGUGGAGACCAUCGGGAACUACACCUGCUCCUGCCACCCUGGGUUCUACGGACCAGAAUGUGAAUACGUGAGGGAGUGCGGGGGCCUGGAGCUCCCUCCACGUGUGCUCAUGGACUGCAGCCACCCCCUGGGCAGCUUCUCUUUCAACUCCCGGUGCAGCUUCCACUGCGCCGAAGGCUACACGCUGGAUGGGCCCCGCGAACUGGAGUGCUUGGCCUCGGGAACCUGGACGAAUAAGCCCCCACAGUGUGUAGCCACCCUGUGCCCACCCCUGAGGCCUCCGGAGCGAGGACGCAUGAGCUGCCUGCACGGCGCAGAGGGACCCCCGCACCAGGCCAGCUGCAGCUUCGCCUGUGAGGAGGGGUCUGUGCUGGUGGGGCCAGAGCUGGUGCGGUGCACGGCCUCGGGGGCAUGGACGGCCUCGGCCCCUGUGUGCAAAGCCAUCGCGUGCGAGCCCCCGGAGCACCCCGCCCACGGCAGCGUGGACUGCUCCCCAUCCUCGAGGGCAUGGCCGUACAACGCCACCUGCCGCUUCCACUGUGCCGAGGGGUUCGAGCUGCAUGGAGCGGACACAGUCCGGUGCGCCGACGCAGGACAGUGGACAGCGCCGGCCCCGCUCUGUCAAGCUCUGCAGUGCCAGGAUCUUCCGGCUCCAAACCACGCCCGGGUGAAGUGCGUUCACCCCUUUGGCGCCUCGAGGUACCAGUCCGCCUGCAGCUUCGCCUGUGCCAAAGGCUUUCUCCUGGUGGGGGCACACGAGCUCCGGUGCCUGGCCACCGGGACCUGGAGCGCCGCACCCCCCGAGUGCCAAGCUGUCACCUGCACGCCUCUGCUAAGCCCGCAGAAUGGAACGAUGGCCUGUGUCGGCCCCCUGGGAGACUCCAGCUAUCAGUCCACAUGCCAGUUCACCUGCAACGAGGGGUUUUCUUUAUCUGGACCUGAAAGGCUGGAUUGCACUCUAUCUGGGCGCUGGACAGGUUCCCCACCAACCUGUGGAGCCACCAGGUGUCCAGAAUUAUUCGCCCCAGAGCGGGGGAGCCUGGACUGUUCGGACACUCGCGGAGAAUUCAACGUCGGCUCCACCUGCCACUUCUCCUGCCGCGGGGGCUUUAAGCUGCAGGGGUCCCGCAGUGCUCAGUGCACAGCGUCUGGGAGAUGGACAGCACCGCCUCCAACCUGCCAAGGUAACACAGCUAUUUCUACCACCCCGGCUUGCAGAGCUGUGCAGUGCUCCGAGCUGCACACCGAGGAGCCGGUGCUGAUGAACUGCUCCAGCCCUUGGGGCCAUUUCAGCUAUGGCACCACCUGCACCUUCCACUGUCCAGAGGGCCAGUCGCUCAAUGGCUCGGCGGCAGCAGCAUGCGGACCCGACGGCCAGUGGUCAGCGGCCACGCCCACCUGCCAAGGGGAGCCGCUGACCGUCCAGGAAGCCCUGACAUAUGUGGGUGGAGCAGUGGCCUCCACAACAGGCUUGGUGAUGGGCGGCACACUCCUCGCUCUGCUCCGGAGGCGUUGCCGACGGAAAGAUGACGGGAAAGACCCUCUGAACCCUCACAGCCACCUGGGGACAUACGGAGUUUUCACAAAUGCUGCAUUUGACCCGAGCCCUUAAGAGACCUGUCCUCUCCUGGCCACCUCACUCCUCCUCAGAGGACGCUAUUGUUGAACAUCGGGCUUCCUGCGAGACUUGACGGACUGGAGCGCCUGCUGCAGUUUUCUGUAAAUGCUUGUGAGGAAAGGACAAGGCGUUUCCUUUAGGUCCACUCUGGACCAGAGCAGAAGAAACGGACUCUCCACGCACCGCCUUCCUGCCCCCUCUCCUGGCCGAGUGCUGCUGCCAGCUGUCACUAGAAUACUAAUGAGCCAAAGCUCGGAGCCUCUGAGCCACCAGAAGACCAGUCUGCGGAGAAAGAAGAAUGGCUCCUUAGUUCUGGACUGGAGGGAGGCCUCCUGGACUUUCUGGAAGGAGCCAGUGCCUCUGCCUGGAGGGGUUUCUGUAAGGCCUCUGGGUCCCCAGGGUGUGUUUAUGACCCGCCUAGACCUCUGCUGCAGAGGCAUCCAGAGCGGCCUCCAGGGGCACCAGAGGCUGCAGACGACCAACCGAGAACCAGGACAGGACGGACAUGUCACUGUGAUGGUCCCUCCAAGGUCACUUUCCCCCAAAGAUCCAUAUUCAAAGGUGUCAUUAAAAGGAUUCCCCCCAAAUGCCA